AUGGCGUCUCUGUUGGACGUGGCUGUUCUCCUGGUGAUCCUCAGGUUUGCACGCUGUGAGGACGCACUCGUGGUGGACAGAGAGUCGAAAUGGUCCCCCGUUUUCAACAUGAAGCUCGACCCCAGGACGAAGACGUUGGCCUGGAAUUCCCGGGGAAAUGUGACGGAGCAAGAAUGCAGGUUGGACACCCCGCCCGCCUUUUCCACCCGGCAGCACCCUCAGGUCAAAGGAGACCGCGCCUACUUUUGCCGCUUCCCCAACGCCGUGCUGCACGGGGGAGCCACGCUCACCGUGGAGGGGACGGCCGACGGGUCCCCGUUUCAGUCCGUCCUGGAGUUUCGUAACCCAGGCCGGGAAGGAUCCGGGGCGGCGAACUUCUCCUGCCUCAUUUAUAACCUGCGCCUCAUGAGGUGUAGCUGGGUCCCGGGCCCGGCCGCCCCCGCCGACGUCCAGUAUCAGCUGUACGGCUGGGCCUCCGGGCGUGAGGACGUGGUCGAGUGCCCCCGUUACGUGGCGGACCCGUCGGGGACGCGCGUGGGCUGUCGCUUCGACGAGCUCGUGGGGUCCCAGCUGACGGACACGUACUUCUUCUUGGUGAACGGAACCAGCGUGGAGACACCCGUCCAGUUUACGGACGUCGCCCCGGUGAGAGGAAUCCAGAUCGAAAAGUUUGACCCCCCGGCCAACCUCACCGUCCGCGAUAACGGGUCCCAUCACGCCAUCCACUGGGACCCCCCGAGACUGCGGUUCGAGGUCUCGAGUCACAUCUUCUAUUACGAGCUCGACAUCCAACGAGAGGGAAGUUCCUCCAAGCAAGACUCUGUUUUCCUCAGGGGCAGCGAGGAGAACGUGUACCUGAUGCCCAGCUCGUCCACGAGGGCCGGCCACACCGUCCGGGCGAGAGUGAGGUUCGUGCACGGCGAGCUGUGGAGCGACUGGACCGCCACCGUGAGUUUCGGCCUCGCAGACCAGGAUGUGGGCGGCCUCCCGGUGGCCCUGCUGGGGAUGGUGGUGGGGGUGGCCGCCUUGGUCAUCACCGUCUUAAUGUUUCUCGGCACAAAGUUCUCCCUGACACACAAGCUGUUCCCCCCGGUGCCCCAGGUGAAGAGGGAGGUCGUGGGCACGGCCGAGGCCUUUCUGGAGGUCGCCUGGGACGGGCACAGCCGGCCGCCGAGCCUGCAGGAGGCCGAGGACAUCCUGUCGGUCGAGGACGUGAGGCCCGUGGAGAGCGGCCGGGGGGACCCCGUGGGCCCGGCGUCGCCCCAGCACCUCGGCCCGGAGGGCGUCGGUCCUGAGCGUCGUCCCCUCGACGAGUGAGGUUUCCGGACGGGACGAGGAAGGUCACCGCCCCAUGCGACCUG